UUCGCUUAAAAUUCUUGGCAAUUGUAAGCAUUUUGGUUUUGAAUACGCGCCUGACAUAAAGCUCUCGUUCAUCGGCUUGUCUUUUUCUACAGUCGUUCGCCCUCCUUUGACCUCAUCAUGACUGGCAUUCCCACUCCACAACGCUCACGAACCAGGACGGCAGAUUUCUCAGACAUCUUCCGCAGCUCGCAUGGUUCGCGUCAGCUUUCCAAAACUGGCGCUCUUACAGACACCCCAUCCGAAGAAAAGCCCAAGUCUAGGCGCUCUAUGCUGCCCUUCCUCGGAAGGAAGAAGACCGAGCGACCAUUCGCUUCAUCUUCAGCUUUGCCUAGAAAAUCUACCAACUCUCCUUCGGGAUCCGGCAAAGAGUGAGUUUUUCGUCUGGUUUAGGUUGAUGAUCGAACGUGUCGUUCAGUCAAGGAACGAUCUCUCGUUGAUGGGCCAAACGGGGAUGAGUUGGUAACUUAUGGUCUACAAUGUCGGCAUAUAUGCUUAUAUAUCUGCUCAUCGUACCCAUCCGACUAAACAUAGAAACAAGACGCAGUAUAUUCACAGUCCUGACUGUACAUUCACUUUUUUUUUACCAAAAUCAUUGUUUGCUUUCUUUGAAAUACUGAUUGCAUAUCACUGUAGGCUCUUGACAACUGUAGAUGGUUCUCCGUCCGACAAACGGCUUCCUUCUACCCUUCCUCCAUUGAACGUGUCACCGCCAUCAUUGGGCUCCAAAUUUGCCGCCCAUUUCUCUCCUUUGCGAUCUCCUAGCAAAACUCUCAAGGCACGAUACUCUUCAUCGUACAAGUCAACAAACACCCCUCCCACUCAUUCGACCGCCACUCUCUCCCUCCCUGUAGCUGAUUGUCAUGCUACUUCCCUCGAAUCCCACAGCUCCAGCACUGUAAACAGCCGAUCCACCACACCAAAACCACUUGUUCAACCCGCUACAGAAAACGCUCCUUACUACGAACUGAUGGAUGAUUUUUCUGAUUUGUUUACACUUCCAGAGCAUCCUUCGAAACCGACCAAGUCUGCUCAAAAAGCUUCUACCCUGCCACCUGUUGUUGUCAACGCUGCGAACGGUUCAAAAAAGUGUGCGGAACCCAGUUUUGCUACACCAUUGACACCCGCUAGUCCCACUCCUCCAUCAACCCCUCGCCUUCAAUUCCCCAUCCCUCCUUCGAAUUUUGGCCUCACUUCGAUGGCGAACGAGAAGUCAUCUUCUCGAUAUUCGCAGGGAUCAUCUAAAACAGAGCCAACCACUCCUUCAAGCAAACACUCUAAUAGCAGCCUUAAGCUGCCAGCCACGAGCCCUCAACAUCGCUUCUCGAUCUCUCGUGAACGUCGGAGCGACCGCAUUGGCACUGCCGGUGUUCCUUCCGAAGAUGAAAGCGAUCGUGCUCGCGCAUUCAGUCUUUCGGGAAGCGAUACAGAUGCGUCUCGUGCUACAGACAGCAGUGUGCGUAGCAGGAGAGGUAGACAUCACAGCGCAUUGCCGAAGGCAUCGGCUAUGAAGCGUCCCGCCCCUUUGCAGCGUGCGCCCUCUUCCUCAGAAAAAUUAUCCAGCGGGCCUCCUCCUUCUGCCCCCCUACCUUCGCCACCGCCCUCAGCUCGGUUUGCACCCAGGCUACCGAUAAGCUCGUUGCCAGUUACCCCUACCGACAGCGUUCCCUACAACUUGACUGUUCACUCUCCGGGUAUAGCGCCACGACCGCGAGCUAACACUGUAUCAGCAGCGACCUCGCUGAGUUCGGCUAGGCUUGCGGCGUGGAUGGCUCCCAGACCGAGCCCACAAAAUAAACAAGCCCCUGCAGAUCCUCAGCUACUCGCAUCCGAGGAUGACCUCAGGAAUGCGCUUGCCUUGCAGAAUAGAAAGUAUGCUCAACUUCAAGAAUAUGCCGUCACUAUAACCAAGAAAUUUGAGGACGAAAAGGCAUCUAUGUCCAAGACCAUUCAGAUGCUGGAGCGUGAGAUCCGAAAAAAGGUCAGAGAGAUAGAGGGUUUGCGCUGGCUCGUCAUACACAAUGGUGGUGCAGACGAUAUUGAUGCGGCGGAGAGCCUGGCACGAGCUUCUUUGAUCACGUUGGACGAUGGAAAUGCAUCUGACGCUGCGUGGGUCAUGGAUUCAACGCGUGGUGAGGCUCCGUCCCAGAGCGCACGUCCACUGACAACAAACGCGUCUGUUGGCUCUCGUAGAGGACUUGGCCUCGAUUAUCUGGACCAAUCUAGCCCGUCUGGGGCAUCCCUAGAGCCAUCUUUUCCAGAACUUGGCAUUGUUGCCUCUGCCUCGUCUUCGCACUCUUCUCUGUGUCUUCCGAUGCUGGCUUCAUCGACGACCUCAUCUUUAUCAGCCAUCCCAGAACAGCAGGGAGAGACCAGCCGAGUGGAACGUCAACAGACGAAAGAAGAACGGCGCGCUUCUCGGGCCCUACGUCGGAUCUCAUCGUCAUCGAUGUCGUCAGUGACAUCUGGAGCACUUAUGGCACAUCCUUUGCCGAUCGAUCACACGCUCGACCCUCAGUCUAGCAUGGAAAACGUACUGGAGAAGCUGCGUCCGUUUCGAAACACUUGAUCCGGCCAAUCUUUAUGCAGCUCGCCUGCUUGCCAUUGCAUGAUCGCAUCAACUAUUCGCGCUUUCAAACUGCGGGCUUAGACAUCUUCGACACCUUCCCGUUCCUUCCCAACUGCUUAGCUAAUUCACCUCACUUCAUGGACUUAUUCGCAUCACCGCAAUUUACAACUCCAAGUCUACAUUUCAUCUGCCAGGACGUCCAGGAAAGUUGGAUACCUCGCAUCGUCGUUCACUCAUUCAUAUUCGCAUUUGCAUUUGCAUCCUUGGUAUAUCAUUUGAUAUUUACCACAGUCGUUAUCGUCACAAUUCUUUCCUUUACAUACCUCUGAUCAGCAUAAGCUCAUACCAUCUCUUCGGUCGUGCACCACAACAUAUUUAUUUGAAGGGCAUAAUGGAAGCCAAAAUAAUUAUUUUGCUUGGU